UCGCAGUUCUCUACCGACCAUGUGCACUUGUGCUUUUCCAUAACUCCUGUUUGCGUCAACGGACAUCCUGCAAUGAAAGUUUGAAGCACACUUGUAAUUGGAAAUAACUUGUUCAAAAAUUCAUUACGGAACAUUUAUUUCCGAAUCAGCGUCACUCGAGGCCAAGCAGGCGAAGAGUGAGGUUAAAUCACCUCAGGAAAUAGUUAGUGCUUGUUCCGGAUGACUGUUGGACAGUUGUUUUAAGCAUUGUAAAAAGUGGUGUUUGAUCAAGGUAAUAACACCAGCUUAUAACGUGAAUCACGUGCUAAAAUAACAAGAGUCGGAAAUUGAAGCUUUAUAUAUGGAUUGGAUGCGGAAAUCAAGUUGUGCCACCAACUUUUACGAUUAGGCUGUAAAUAUUAGGUUUUUUUUUAAAGUGCAGCCACGAUAGACGCAUGAUGUUGAACUGUGCGAUGUAUAAUUUGAGCUCGUACUGAAAAGGAUAGUGCAUGCUAGAAGUUAUGGUUCCGUGUAACCUUCUGACAUCAGUUCAGAUUAACCUGAAACAUGCGGAACAAUAAACUGAGUAUUACGACCAUUUGUGCGCCUCGCGAACAGCCCGCCAGCGAUAUCGAGUUUUAAUGCUAACUCAUCGGGAAACCAUUCAACAUGGCACCUCCCGGAUUUCCCAAGGAGCGUAGAAAGAAAACCCACGGCCUGUACUUCCAUUCAUCACCCCCGAAAGUAUUACAAAUGAACAAUCAAAAUUUGCAACGGGACAAUGAUGUCAGAGCAAGGGACGUAAUAAAACCGUCCAACAUUAGAAUAUGGCUGCACCAAAAGCGGAUGUCGAAGCUGGCCAAAGUACUAUGGGCCGGUCAGGGAAUGCGUUUGCGCACCGAGACAUCACACCAUCCCAAAAUGAAGCGGUUUCUGGAAUGUGUUCCCCACGUCAUGGGGGUCAUCAAAGACAUUCAUCAAGCCGUAGUGGACAACGAUCUAGAAACGCUGAAAGAAAAGACGGCUGCCCCGAUGCCCCGGAUUGUGCUAACCAGCAAGGAUACGAACGGUCUUACCCCGUUGCACAAAGCUGCCGGACUAGCGCACACCCAAAUCGUAGAGUAUAUCCUGUCCAUAUGGCCGAGCCUUUCUUCCGAUGAGGACCACACAGGGAAAACCCCGCUGCAUUGGGCGGCCAGCGCGAAGAAUAACGCGCGUAGCUUCAAUCUGCUUGUGCAGGCCGGAGCCGACGAAGCUGCACUGGAUAAUCGUGACAAACAGGCCGAGUACUACAAAAACAAACCAAGCGAGAUUGACCGAUCGCUGCUGACGGUCAUUCCGGAGGCACCGCGAAUAUCACAGCAAGGCUUUCCGGCCUAUUUCGACUGGAGCAUGUUCACCCUCGACGAGGAUUGCGACGAUAGCAACGGUUCGCAAGCGAGAAUGGAACCAUUUUUAUCGCAAAAUAAUUUACUAGAUAAUGAUGUAAAUAAUCCCAGUAGUGUUUCCAAGUCAAAAUCCGUGCACAAUCUAACUAAUGGAACUUUAACCGAUCUCCCAAACGAUCCGGACCAGAACGAGCCUAAAAACAAUGGAGAAUCAGAACAGCAGGAUACGGAAGAAAACCUGAUCGAAGCGGCCAGUGUUAUUCCUGAGGACCUGCAGCAAAAUGAUCGUGGAGAUGUGGAGGAAAGUAAACCUACUAAUUCCGAAAUAAUUCAGACUGAAGCAGAAUCUGUGGUUGACUCUGCGAAAGAAAACGAACCCGAUACUGCAACUGAAGAUAUUGAAACAGGCGAACAGACGGAAAACAAAAAUAUAGAGGCCCCUAAGCAAAACGAUAACCUAGCAAAUAACAACGAAGUUGAUAAUGGUUGGUUAGAACUGGUCGAGAAUGGUCAAGAGAAUGGGGAGAAUAGAGAUGAAGAAAGUGUUAAAAACGAUAAUCAAACCGCAGCGAUGGUCAACGGAGGCAUAGAACAGAAUGAUGUUCCGGCGGAAGCAAUUAACCAACUAGACAGCGAAGGUAAUGUUCAAGAGACAGUAGAAAAUGCAAAAAACUUAGAGGAUGGGGAGCUUGUAGAACAAGAGAACGGCUCCGAGAACAUCGAUAAAGAUAAUUCGGACAAAGCUGAUAACUACGUUGACACCAGUGAAGUCGAUGAAAAUAAAAAUGAUCAAAAUUUUGAAAAAUCAUCAAACGAAUCAACUACUAUUGAUGUGAAUGGGAACCUUGGUGAUACAAACGAUGCACAAAGUAGACAAUCUUCGGCGAAAUUAAAAGAAAAUAAUAUAACAACACUUGAGCAAACGUCCAGACCAGUUAGCACUCACAGUGCUAAGCAGAACGAACUUCAAACAAAAUCGGCUGCCUCUGUAAGAUCUUCUGUGAACUCGGCUAAAUCAGCUAGCGCCAAAAGCAUCCGGAGUGCCUCUACGGCCUCCCAAAACAAUAAUGAUGAAAUAUUAGCAGAACCCGCCGCCAGUGUUGACGGUAUUCAAUCAACUCACACGUCCAGACCGUCAACGACAAUCAGCAACAACAGCAAGUCAGCCUCAUCACGGGCCGCAUCAACUGCUUCAACAGUGCGCAAUGCCUCGGCGGGCUCGGCCUUGCAGAAUGGUCGUCAGUCGGCCAAAUCGUCUGCUACUGCAAAGGAAACCCGUCCAGAUCAGGACGGGCUUGAAAAUGAAGAAGAGGACAGCAACGACGACUCAAACCAAGCCGACGUUGAAAUAGUCCAUUACAAAGCUAGCGAUGAGGACGCAAACAAGGACCGUUUUUCGGCAAAGGCGAGAAAUGACCAGAGCGGAGUUCAAGAGCCACCAAACGAAGCUACUGAUGGAGAAACUAUAGAAGUUCCGUUUAAUAAGGAACAGAUAGCGAUCAUAAACAAUGGUCCGCUCGAGUCAAUCACUCAAAACGAUGACGCGGCUGCUUCGAAAGCAAUCAACGCAACUAACUAUCCAGAAAACGCACCUGACUCGCCAAGUUCGACCCUGGCUAUCGAGGGAACCGUUGAAGGUGAACCGGAUGCCGGUCAACUGCACAGUGCCAAGCCGGUCAACAGACUAGAUUCAUCCCAUGGUCGCUCGCUGCAGGACAUUAUCAACAGUGGCGAUAUGGAACAGUUGGCGGUAAUCGUGCUGGAUGGCAAGGGUAGCAAAUUAUUGGGAUACCGUUCAGAGCUUCCGGAGAUUCAAGCGUUCUUGGAAAACGUGCCUUCCUACAUGAACAAAAUCCGUCGCGUUCACACGGCAGCUCGAAAAGGCAGCUUGCGUGACUUGCAGUCAGCUUUGGAUCGGCGAAAAUUCGCCACCGCCAAGGAUGAGAUUUCACCACAUGGCGCGACACCUUUACACGUGGCAACUAUCUUUGGACAUUCGGGUAUCGUGAGAUAUCUAGCUGGACGUUUUCCAGAAACUACUGGCGCAACGGAUGACCAAGGCCGUACUCCACUCCAUUAUGCAGCUACUCUAAAGGAUAACGGUCACUUCUAUAACCUACUAACCCACUUGGGGGCGAAUCCAAAAGCUGAAGAUAACUUGAAUCAUCCAGCUGAAUUUUAUUUGAACCACGAUGAGGCGAACGAAUUGCUAUCUCAUCGUCAGUUACUGCAGGACUAUGGCGCCGAAGAGGAUCUCGUUGAUGAGAUGCUAAGUGAUCAAGUGCCCGAUGAUCAGCACAGCGCACGCCGUGAGUUAGACGAUGUCGAUACUCUCACCACGUUGGAGCGAUGUUUCAAAAUUAUUCACGAACCAGUGGUGGACCUAAUGAAGAGUGUAGAUCUUCCUACGAACAGUGUUCCCGGUAGUGCUUCGUCUCUGCGAAUAUUAAUAACCUCCUACUUAGCCAAGUUUCUGAAGCAAAGUGUCUUCGACAAAGUCAAAAAGCGACAAACUAAGCUAGACCACAAUCUUUUCGACGUAAUUUGGCCGGCAAUGAAGAAAGCUACGAAAGAGAAAAAGAUUGAUGAAGAUCUGAAUGUGGGAAUUGUGAUACCAGAUUACGAUGUGUUUGUAGUUUUCCAGGAGUUUUUAGUUCCGCUUAUAAAAGAUAUGCACUGCAUGGAUAUGCAGCAAAACUUUGAACCUCAUCCAGCAAUUCAGUUCUUCCCUAGAUACACACUAACCGAAACAUCAAAUCCACACCGUGAAGGAAAUGGCCAUGUGUUGCGAGAAAAUCCCGACGAAAUUCAGCUUAAUCUUGAUACGUCGGGUAAGUUUAUUACUGGUGUAGUUAUCGAAUGCUGUCGCAACUUGGAUGACUUCGAAUUUCCGUUAAAUCUAAGUAUCGCUCACUUGGAACGAGUGGAACGUAUUUUAACGUCGAAAAUCCUUUCUAUGGCUUUCGCUGCUGCUAUUGGCGAAGAACAAUUGGGUACCUACUACACAAUGAACGAAGUGUUGGAAAACCCUUCGGAAAUUCGAACGAUACUUGCUGCUACUGGCCUUUUGAUUCCAAUGCUUGACCAUUCAGAUCCAUACCAACUAGCGGAGUCUAUUGCGAUCAAUGGAAGGUUCUGGCCAUACGGUCGAGGCGUCUACGUCAGCCACAAUCAAGAUCUUGUAGCAUGGAUAAACACACAAGAACAUAUUCGAGUAUUAGUUUGCACAAGCUCACAACAACCUGCCAAUAUCGGAGCCACCUAUUCGAAAAUAGGACGUGCGAUGAACUUUCUCGAAGGCAAAAUACAGUUCAAGCACAGUUACUUCCUGGGAUAUCUAGUAUCGCGACCUUCGUUUCUAGGAACUGGUUUCAAGAUCACCCUAACUCUAGAGCUUCCCCAUCUGCGUAAGGAGAGAGAAAACCUGCGACAUCUGUGCGUAGUGCGGGAGUUACAUUUGCUAACAUCGGAGGAUCUACAAUCUGUUCGGAUGAGCAAUAUGCGUAGUUUGUCGUUAUGCGAAUGGCAAAUAUUUCAAAAUUAUACCAGUGCCAUCACUAACAUCGUAGCACUGGAGAAGGAGCUUUCGUUGUCCAACUCGUUGCACAUCGCGGCCACUUUGCUGAAGAUAUUUCAGCAUAACGGAUCACAAGUGGAAAUACCCUUAUUCCGAACAGAGGAAGGACGGUACCUUGCAACUUCUCUCGGUGACCCGCUGAUCAAGGGUUUGACAGAGGUAGCUAACAAACGUCCGGCCGAUCCAAUUACCUAUUUGGCUAAUUAUCUGUACAACUUCGCAAACCAGAACAGAUCGAAAACUAGUGCGAGCAGCCAGACUUCAGCUGGAAAAAACGAUCGCAAUAACAACAGCAUUGAGUUCGAGAUCAAGCAAGAUUCGGAGAAAGAAUUGGAAAGCUCUGCCCGCACGGAAGAAACCGCCCAAGUGUCGCCUCGGCAAAACGGUAAAAUGGCGGAGUCCGAAAUGGAGAGGGACGAUCAAGGUCCUCCAUCCCGGGAUGGAUCAGGUUCUGCAACCACUAGCGACAACAGAGAUGAACAUGGUCAAAGUAUGUUACAUUUCGCCUGUGCCAGAUCUCAUGGAAAAAAUGCUCUUAUCCAGCUGAUUGAAGAAUCAGGAACAAGCAUAACCUUUCGCGACGAAUUAUAUCGAACAGCACGAGAUGUUUCCUUGCAGGCUACUCAACCAGAUAACGCAAGAGAAAUCGAUCGUUAUGUACUUGGUUUGGCUGCACGGGGAGAUUUGGAAUUAUUGUCUGCUAUGCUAUUGGACGGGUACGAUCAUAUAGUCGAUGUCACCGGCUCUGAUGGAACUACCAUAAUGCAAGUAGCUUCCUCUAGAGGCCAUCGAGAAAUCGUUCGAUUUCUUGAAGGAGCACGAGAAUUUGAGGAAAAUAGAGAAGAUUUGUUGAAUGCGGUUCGAGAGCGAAAUUUACAAAAGGUUGUAGAGAUAACACAACAAUCAGACGGCAAUAAACUUGCUAAAGCCAAAAACUACUAUGGUCGCAGUGCUUUGCACAUUGCGGUUGUGAUGGAGAGCGAGGAAAUUGUCGAGUAUUUGGCAACUAAUUUCAAGCAAACGUUGAAAAUUGGCGAUAAUUUGGAACGUACACCCCUACACUACGCGAUGGGAGUAGGAAAUGUCGAAGCAAUCAGCCGCAUUCUGAUAAAAAAUGGCGCAAAACGUGUUUCGAAAGAUUUGAAAGGUCGCCAGCCUAGUUACUACUUUAUGAACAAAGCAGAUAUUCUGCGUUUACAAGAGGAAGAAAAGCAAUAGUUCAUUACCGAAAUGCAAAAAAAUUUGCGUAAUCGAUUAGUAAUUAUUAAUUUUAAUUU